AUGGACGACUCAGAAGUGCAUGGAAUAACAAGGACGACAAGGGAUCUUCCUCCAAGUCAUUACUUAAUCAAAAUAGAGGCAUUCUCUUUAUUGAUUGAAGCCAAGGUGGAGAAGUACAAAUCUAGUUCAUUCCACGUUGGGGGUCACCAAUGGAGAUUGGUACUUCAUCCGACUGGAAAUAAAGAGAGCAACGGAAAUGGUUACAUCUCCCUAUACUUGGAAAUUGAAAACUCUGGGAAUUUAUCUCUUGAUUGGGAAGUAAAUGCCGAGUUUAAGUUAUUCUUGUUUGAUCAGAUUCGGGACCUGUACAUGGCCGUCGAAGAUAUUGAGGUGCCUGUUAGGCGUUUUUAUGAGUUGAAGACCGAGUGGGGCUUUUCACAGUUUCUAUCACAAGAGGCUUUUAACAAUGUUGCUAAUGGUUACUUGGUGGACGAUUGUUGCAUAUUGGGGGCAGAGGUUUUCGUGAUUCAACGUCCUCUCAAGUUGGAGAAAACAGUGCUUCUGAAGCCUACUGGUGGAACCAUUACUUGGAUGAUUGACAACUUUUCAAAUUUUGACAAGGAAUUUUACGAUUCUCCUGUUGUUACAAUAGAGGACAUAAAAUGGAACUUAACGGUUUAUCCUAAAGGAGAUUUCAGGUCUAAGGAUACACAUUUAUCUGUUUAUCUUAAGCUAGCCGAGCCCAAUACACUUCCACCCAUGCGUGAAGUAUACGUGAAACAGAAGCUACGACUUAGGAACCAAAUCAGAUCUAAUCACUUGGAAAAGAUAGGUGAAAAUUCGUUUACUACUUCCAAAACAAGUUGGGGUUAUCCUAAGUUUGUGCCAUUAGAGCAUCUGCAAGACUCUUCCAAGGGGUAUAUGGUGAGAGAUAGUUUGAUAGUUGAAGCCGAAUUUAUUCUCAUAUCUAAAGUCGAGUGA